AUGAAAAAUCUUCCCAACAGCAGUAUUCAUCGACAAUGCGGCACAGCCAACCAGGAGACUCGCAUCGUUGGGGGACGACCCACCGGAGUCAACCAAUACCCCUGGCUUGCCCGGCUGGUUUACGACGGCCAGUUCCACUGCGGAGCCUCGCUACUCACGCGGGACUACGUGCUGACGGCGGCUCACUGCGUUCGGAGGUUGAAACGCAACAAGAUUAGAGUCGUUUUGGGAGAUCACGAUCAGUUUAUCGCUACGGAGACAACGGCAAUCCAGCGGGCUGUUACGGCCAUCAUCCGGCACCGGAGCUUUGACCAGAACUCGUACAACCAUGACAUUGCGCUGUUGAAGCUGCGCAAGCCGGUUGAUUUCACGAAAACCAUCAAACCGGUGUGCCUGCCCAAGGAUCGCAGCGAACCGUCCGGUCAGAUUGGUACCGUGGUCGGAUGGGGUCGCACGUCCGAGGGUGGCACCCUGCCGGGGAUCGUGCAGCACGUGGACGUCCCGAUCUUGACGUUGGACCAGUGUCGGAACAUGAAGUACCGGGCGUCGAGGAUCACUUCGAAUAUGUUAUGCGCUGGCAAGGGCAAGCAGGACUCAUGCCAGGGUGAUUCGGGAGGUCCGCUACUGGUGCGGAAAGGGGACAAGCACGAGAUCGUGGGCAUCGUUUCGUGGGGCGUGGGUUGUGGCCGGGCCGGUUAUCCGGGGGUGUACACACGAGUGGCCCGAUAUCUGCCUUGGAUUCGGGCCAACAUGGAUGAGACGUGCUUGUGCAAUAAGUAGGUUUGUGCGAAGACGAUGACGAUGGAUCUUCAAGGGCAUCACAAGUGGACACAAAGAGAUAACAACCAACUGGAGAAGAUGACGACGAGUGAUAUUGGAGGUGUAAAUAAAUAGAACGUACG